CAAAAAGCACCACAACAUUUUCGUUUUUGUACCAUGCCUCGCUGGAUCGAUAUUUUGCUUUUUGCUGCCACAACACCUCCGUGAGAUGCAAUCAAUUGGGGGCUUUAAUAUGUUAAUCGAAUACUUUAUACGAUCAUCAAAAAGCAAUGUUGUUCGAGUGUUGAAGAGAUCAACAAUCUUUGCAACGUUCCUCUUUCAAAUUUUCAGUGGGAUCAUUGCCUAUAUUUUUAAGACUGGGACAACCAGGAGAUUUUGGUUCUUUAACAUUCCUGUACCUGCGGACACAAAUUCAUCAACAUCGAGUUUUCGCGAAGGAAGAAAUGGAUGGAUGGAUAAACUUAUAAGGACAACGAGGCAUGUUUGUUCACACGAUGAAACCUGCGAGAGUUUCGUGAUGAAAGAGUUCAAGAGGACUACAACGUUUGGAUUCAUGGUAACCCUCCUUAAGGCUUUAGUUUCACAAACAAAAUUCUCCGGAGGCAACUUUUUCAGUAAAUUGGUCAAGGACUUCGACUACAGACUAUUUAUCUUCCUCUCAUCCUUCGGGAGCCUCUUUAAACUUCUCAAUUGCCUCACUAAUCGCUACAUGCAGACAGAUUCUCCGCGAACCAGCACGAUAUCUGGCUUCUUGGCAGGAAUUGUAUUUAUGGUUUAUCCUAAAUUUGUCUUUUUCUCCUUCGGUCUCAGUCGCACUCUUCAACUUUGGUGGAUGCACUACAAUCAGACAACUACCAAUAGACCCAAAGUAAUUGAACUCCUCGAAAAGAUCCCCUUUAGCACCCUCAUCUAUACAUUUUCUUCAGCUUUUCUCUAUCAAUGUCGCGUGUUUAAUCCCAGUGAAACACCAAAGUACAUUCACCAAAUAAUGACUAUUGCCACACAGAAAAGGAGUGAUACCCUGGCAGAGUCCUAUGCUGCAAUGAUAAUGGGUCUGGCGUAAAAUGAACGAAAACACCCGUCAUAUUCAAUUUAUUCUUUGGAACAUUUGCAUUCUAUUUAGCAAAUAAAAUGUAUUCUC